AUGUCGGAAGCUUCAACUGUCCAUGUGUCGGGCAUCUCUGCCCAGACUACUGACUCCGAGGUCCAGGAGUUCUUCAGCUUUUGUGGCAAGAUCACCUCCAUCUCGGUCACUCCUGUUUCCGGCGAGAAGGACUCGGCCAAGUCCGCGACCGUGACGUUCGAGAAAGCAGCAGCCGCCAAAACCGCCCUCCUCCUCGACCAAACUCAACUCGGCACCUCCACCGUCCACGUCGAAUCCGCCCAAUCCCUCGACGACAUCGCCGGCCGCCCCACCAGCGCCGGCCCCACGGGCGACCUGAAGGACGAGAACGGGAACGACGUCGCCCAAGAAGACAAGCCGCGCUCGCGCAUCAUCGCAGAGUACCUGGCCCACGGCUACGCCAUCAGCGACACGGCCAUCCAAAGGGCGAUCUCGCUCGACCAGAAGCACGGCUUCUCGUCCAAGUUCACCAGCGCGCUGUCCAACUUCGACAGCAAGCUCAAGGCGUCGGACCGUGCGCGCGGGCUUGACGAGAGCUAUAAGAUUAGCGACAAGGCUGCGAGCGGAUGGCGUGGUUUGCAUACUUACUUUGAGAAGGCCCUCGGCACGCCCUCGGGUCAGAAGCUGCGGGACUUUUAUGCCCAGACCGAUAAGCAGGUGCGCGAUAUUCACACCGAGGCGCGCCGGUUGGCGGACUUGAAGGCGAGCAAGGCUGCUGCUGCUGGCGGGGAGGCCGCGCCGCAGGCUACUGAUAGUGGUACCGCUGCCAACGUGCCGAUUGCCAAUGCUGCGCCUGAGGUGAACCCUACUGCU